UGGGUAAACUGCUUCCAUGGAAACCAGCGGCAGCUUUUACAGGUAGAAAGCAACCUCCUGAAGACUAACGGGGGAAGCUUGCUGGGAACCGGGGCCAGCAGGGAAACGCAAGAAGGAAAACACUGUCUUCGCGGGGCAAUCCCCACAGUCCGGUUGGACUCGGUACAUUCAGCAUCUUCCCGGUGUCUUCCUCACUGCCUGGUACCAACACUGCCUGGUAUACAUUCCACUUGUGCAGUCUGUCUGUCCUACCCCAGUUGGACCCAGUAGAGGUAAGUAAUGGGCAUUUGUCCCCAAAAGUAAGAGAGAUCUGGGAAUGAACAGAAAGCCUCAUGCCCCUGCCUCUUUACUCUAGCGAGCAGCUCUGGGUAAGCACAGAACUCCUGGCCCUGCGGGUACCCCUGUGUCUUUGUCCUGGACAUUUGACAGCUGAAGCCACUAUGUGGGUGCAGAGGGCUGAAGCUGUUUGUCCAAAACAGCUCAUUAAAGCAGAGUAUCCAGGUGCCUGGUUUGCAGGUCUGGUGACACCCUCUCCAUUCCUAGGCCCCUCCCCUGGGGAGGAAGGGAGGGAACCUUUUGCUUUCCGGGGGUUGUGUUCCCCGACCUCCAAGUCUUCGUGGGAGACCGAAAGACUGAGGGUGGUGGGUGUUCUUCCAGGAGAAGUACAGGCUUAGGUCUCCUGGAUGGAGCAGCCCAGGUCUGAGCGAUGGCCGAGAAACUGGGAAACGAGCCUGAGGCCGAAUGUCCGGUCUGCUGGAACUCAUUCAACAAUACCUUCCGGACCCCCAAGGUCUUAGACUGCCGCCACUCCUUCUGCAUUGAAUGCCUGGCCCACCUGAGCUUGGUCUCUUCCUCCCGGCACCGACUGCUGUGUCCCCUCUGCCGCCAGCCUACAGUCCUGGCUUCAGACCGGCCAGUGACUGACCUGCCCACAGACGCUGCUGUCCUUACGCUGCUCCGCCUGGAGCCCAAGCACAUCAUCCUCGAGGGCCGGCAUCUCUGCUUCAAGGAUGAGCGCAAGACCAGAUACUUCUUGCGCCAGCCCAGGGUCUACACUCUCAACCUGGGGACUGAGCCGGAGAACCAGGCAGGCACAGCCCAGCAGGGGGCAGCGCCCCCCGCCCCUGUGCCGGUCCCCAGCCACUUGUCCCUGCGAGAGUGCUUCCGGAACCCUCAGUUCCGCAUCUUUACCUACCUGAUGGCUGUCAUCCUCAGUGUUGCCUUACUGUUAAUUUUCUCCAUCUUCUGGACUAAACAGUUCGUCUGGGGUGCAGGGUAAGACAUGGGCAAGGACCACAAGCCAGUCAAUACAGGGAGUUCUGGGAGGGCCAGGCUUGAACUGGCUGCUACUGGAGAGACCCCCUCUCCCACUUUCCAGAUGGAUGGGGGAGCGGCUGAGCCCAGAACUAAUGCCCUUCUUCUGCAGCGUUUGGUCCUAUCACAAUCCAGGAGUUGGUAGUCUAUUUACUACUGAGAACUUCUGAGACCUGAAGGGGCUAAGAAGGGACCAAGGUGCCAUUUUCCCAAGGAUGCUGAAAUGGGAUUCCAGUUCUUUGUUGCUGGGGGGUGGGAGGAAGGUAUACCUCCAAAAGCUACCUCAGAAGGCAAAUCAAUAAUGGUCCCCCUGACUGUGAUGGAGAAGCAGGUUAGUGACAACAGAUGGAAACAUUUGGGAGCCUGUAAGCUCUACACCUUGGCUUCAGACCCCAAAGUAGGUCACCUUUCCCCUGAGCCCUCCCAGCUUCAGUCCUGGUUGUCCCAAGUUGUUUUCUCUCUGAUAGACCUCUAGAAAUUUGUGUGUAUGCCAGUCAGUCAAUAAACAGUUAUU